CCUUCAUAUUUAGGAAAAAGUAAAAUACCAGAAAUCAGACUUAACUGUCUUGUUGUUUCUAGUAACUGUCCAAUUAAGAAAAUCACACGACAUCAUGUUAUUACAAUCAAUAUUGACAAUAGGGAAUCUAUCCAUUCGCUCAGAAAACAAAUUAAAGAAGAACAUUCACCUCAGUUUGAUGAUAUUCCAAUUACUGAAUUCGUGAUUCAUGCGAUCGAUUUAAAUUCAGAUAAAAAAGAAGCAUCAAUUAAUGCUAAAUCAGUAAUGAAUAAUAUACAAAAUAAGAGUAAUAUAGGAAGUGAGAAAUUCCUAAUAUCUAAUAUUUUUGAGCAUUUCCCUGCUUCCACCUCCACUACUGUUGCUAGAAAUGAGACGGUCUCACUGGUGAACGAUAUUAAAAAAUAUGACACAACCAAGCUUAUAGAUUUCUUGCAUAGGGAAAAAGACCUAGAACUUAGUGAAAAAGCUUUUGAAAUUUUAAAAACGCAAAAGGUUAAUGGCUGUGUCUUCCUUAAGACGAGUAAGGAAGAGUUCCAGGGUUUAGGUUUAGGAUUUAGACCUGCAAAAUCUUACGGACUUCACUAA